AUGCCGCUGGAAAUAGUAACAUCCCCUCUGCGAUCAUGGGAGAACAGCAUCGCCAUACUUAGCGGCAGGUCGGCAACAAGGCCUCUCGCAUGGCCUGAACCAGAGCUAUCCACCGGCCGCUGUAUAGGCAAGGUCGGCAAGGAACUAUGCUGGGUGGCUAAAGGCCCGGCGAGAGACGCAUUCGCGGCGCUGGCUCCAAAGAUCAAAGCCUAUCUCGAGAGGUCGAUCGAACCAGUAUCAAGCUGGGUUACAUGGUCCAUCUAUAUGUUUGGCAAGUCGGAAAAGAGUGCCAGCCCAGCCAUCCUGUUCUGCUGCGAAGUCGUUGCGCAUCGCAAGCAGGUGAGAAGUGCAAUUAAAGACAGCGGUAUUCUCGACGAGUUCCCUGGUAUCAAGACUGCCCACAUGCCUCGACCUCCCGACUUUAAUCAGCUCGUUCAGUUGGCAGAUGAUAGCAUGACAUUGCCAUUUGAUCAUCGACCUGUCCUUGCAGCCCUUACGAGCAACCCAUGCGGGAUGCCGUUAUUCGUUGAACAAAGUAUAGACGGAGGAACUUGUUACAACAAAGCUACCGUCGGUGGCAUCAUCCAGCUUUCAGACAAAUUCUACUACACCACAGCAGGUCAUGUGCUCAGUCCUGACAUGCCCAUGAGCUACAUGGAGGGCGAAGCCAGCGACGACGAAUUUGAGAUUGACGAAGAUGAUGAUGAGGUGGACGAAGUGGCAUCAACGGCUUAUGAGAAAACUUGGCUGGCACAAGACAACGACCCCGCCAUGAGCCCGCAGUACGUAAAUCCGACUGAGAGCAAGAUGCUCCAGCCACUGAUUUUGUCGAACAUACAAGGUAUGCAAGCAGCACGGGAGGAGUCGAAAGGCAAUGACCGUCGGGUUCUCGAAGAAGGACCUUCACUGGACAUUGUCCCGCCUCCACAGCGUCUGGGACACGUCUAUCUGUCCUCUCUUGACGAACCACCGUCUGGUCUCGACUACGCCCUGAUCGAGGUGACCAAGCCCAUUCACUGCACCGCUAACAAAAUCGCCUCUUCCUCGUUUUCUACAAACGGUGAAGCCAAGAUCCAGCAAGUCGUCACAGAUGGCCCCAAAGACGUCAAGAUCCUAUGCUCCACCUCGAGAGGAACACUUACAGGAGUCAUGUCAGGCACUCCUCUGUACGCUCGCCUUCCCAAUAGCAGUGUGUACCAGGAUGUCUACAAUGUCCUCUUAGACUCGCGGCUAGAAGCCGGGGACUGUGGCUCCUGGAUCAUUGACGCCGAGUCUGGGAACUUGUAUGGACACAUUGUGGCUGGGUCCCCGGAUUCGGGUGCUGCAAUUGUGAUACCUUUUGCUCGCAUAUUCGAAGACAUAGAAGCGCGAGUAAAGCAUCAUCCUUAUCUGCCCCUUAUUGGAGCCGCAUCGCUAUACAAUGAUGAUGAAAAACUAGACCUUGCUACGCAUCUGCAACACACAAAGUCCGGCACGGCAUCUUCUUCUAAAUCACCAUCAAAGUACAGCCAGGAGUGGAUGCGCGACUUGGGAAGCCAAUUCAAGAGCCAGUGGCGGACCAAACUAUUGGAUGAACUGAAGCGAUCACGGACUGGCCGCCGCGCUACUAUUCAACAAGUAGUUUCAUCUACUGAGGAUGAAUCGACUCCGCCCUAUAGUCCCCCUAUGGAGGAGGAGUCGGUUCCGCCGUACACUGGAACUGACACUGGAAAAGGAUUACUACUGCGGUCCCAAAACCGGAAACUGCUGCUGACUCCGCUGUUCCCCCAACUUCCAAAUGCAAACGACCGGGAGUCUCAAGAGUUCCGCAGGCUUCUGGUAUCUCUCUCCUUGAUCCCAACAAAGUACGAGAACCCAGGAUUACUCGACGAGGCUUUGGCCAGUAUCCCGCUAGAGAAACUCUACAGCGAUGCUGAGGAAGAACGCAUGUUAUACCAGGCCCAAGCAGAGUCAUACGGCGAUGGACGUCGGCCUCGGUGGGGCUACAGUGACUGCAUCAUCCGGGCAAUGCUGAGAUGGUUCAAGGACUCGUUUUUCACUUUCGUGACUAACCCAGCAUGUCCAAUAUGUUGGUCUCCAACUAUUAAUAUAGGGUUCACUGCGCCAACCCCAGAAGAAUCAGCUUGCGGGGCUCAUCGUGUCGAGCUCUACAGAUGUUUGGAGAAUGACUGUCUAGCAUACGAGCGGUUCCCCCGAUAUGCAGAUGUGUGGAAACUACUUCAGACCAGAAGAGGGCGAGUCGGUGAGUGGGCGAACUGCUUUACGAUGUUCUGUCGGGCCAUGGGCGCCAGGGCACGGUAUGUGUGGAAUAGCGAGGACCACGCAUGGACCGAGGUGUACUCGGAACAUAAGAAGAGAUGGGUUCAUAUUGAUCCAUGCGAGGGACUUUUUGAUCGUCCAACUCUAUACACCCAAGGCUGGAAGAAGAAAAUGGCAUAUGCUAUAGCCUUCUCUGUUGAGGGUACAACGGAUGUGACGCGACGAUAUAUUCGCAAGGCGGAGCAUUGGGCGGAACGAGACCGUUGCCCAGAAGCUGUCCUGCUGUAUGUCAUGGAUGAAAUCAAAAGCCUCCGCCGCCAAGAUAUAAGUAAGGAGGAAAAGAUCCGACUGGAAGAGGAGGACAGGCGUGAACAGCGAGAACUCAACGCCUAUGUUGUUUCGAGUGUCACCGAUGACUUCAUAGCCAAGGGAUUGACUCAUGACGAGGAUUCGUCACGAUCACUCAAGUCGUCGGGAGAGACAUCGAGGCACAGUCAGAAGCAGAGGAGUGGGGGAGUGGAAGAAGGACCUUUGGUUAUCCCUUAG